AUGCCUACUAUUGCUUAUCUGGUUAAUGAGAAAAAGAUUAAUGAUGAGAUGAAAUUUGCCAAUGCUGUUUCAGAAUUAAAGCUGAAGGUUGUUUACAGUGUCCCUCAAGUAAUUAUAUCAAUCUUUCAGAUAAGCGCGUUGCCAUGCCAUAAUGCAGGGCCGUAUUCCUGUAAAAGAGUCUGUGGAAGGUGGCUGGAUUGUCAGAAUCAUACUUGCCUGAAAGAAUGCCACACAGUUUCUGAAAACGAUGCCGGCAAUGAUAGGCAAAAGGCAGGUCCAGAAUGUUCUCAGUGUGAAGAAGGAUGCUCCAAGCCACGACCAGCUGGUUGCUUUCAUGCGUGCCCUCUGCCGUGCCAUCCUGGGGAAUGUCCAGCAUGUGCCCAAAUGAUCCGAAUAAAAUGUCACUGCAAACUGACAAGCCUCUACAUUGAAUGCAUAAAAAUCACUAAUGCUGAUGCAGAAGAAAAAGAAGAGCUGUGUUCAUGCAAAAACCAGUGCCCCAAGGAGCUACCUUGUGGCCAUCGAUGUAAAGAGAUAUGUCACCAAGGGGAGUGUUGUCAGAAUUGCAAUCAGAAAGUUAAGAUCCGUUGUCCUUGUAAGAGACUCAAAAAGGAACUUCUGUGCAGUGAAGUACGCGAAGGUCAGUUUGUCUUAGAAUGUGAUGCAGUAUGCAAAGAAAUGAAACGGAAAGCUUCUGAGAUUAAGGAAGCCGAGGCUAGAGCUGCCAUCGAAGAGGAAAAACGAAGACAGCAGGCAGAACUGGAGGCUUUUGAAAACAGGUUGAAAGGCCGUCGGAAGAACAAGAGGAAAAAGGAUGAGAUCGAAGUUGAACCACCUUUAUGGCAAAAGUACAAGAAUGUGAUUUUGCUGCCUGUCUGUGGAAUUAUUGUCUUAAUCAUUGCCUGGUUCCUAGCAUACAGAAAUUGAACUCUUAGAUACUUCCGCAUGCUU